GUUUCUUUCACAUACUGAUAACAAUUAAGAAGACAUGAAACCAAUCAAAGAGGGUACAUGUAUCAGACUCAAGCUUAAUGGCCAGGAUGGGAAUGUGACUUUGGUUUGUAUAGACAGGAGUACUCAAUUGAAAAAGCUAGUGAAGGAUUAUUGUGAUCAGCACUCUGUGGAAGAUCCUACUUCUAUUACUUUCUGGUUUGAUGGGAAUGGUCUCCAGGGAGACCAUUGUCCAGAUGAGAUGCACAUGGAUGAUGAAAUGGAUACCAUCUCUUAUGAUCAGAGUGCACACAUUAAGCUCAACCUGGACCUCAAUAUCAAGGACAAGGAUGGGAUUGAGGUUUACUUUAACAUCAGUAGAAGCACUCCAUUGAAAAAACUUAUGGAUUUUUAUGGUUAUCGACAUUGUUUGGAUAUUAAUGGAGUUGCCUUUCUAUUUAAUGGUCGUCUCGUCACAGCUGAGCAGACUCCUGAUGAGUUGCAAAUGAUGGAUGGAGAUGAAAUAGAUGUUGUUUUCUUUGAUCAAAUUGCACGCAUGAAAUUGAAGGUCAAGUGUCAGGAUGGGAAUGAAAUUUUCUUUUCAAUUAACAAAAGCACUCAUCUGAAAAAGCUCAUGAAUGCUUACUGUAAUCAUCACUCAGUGGAUUUCAAUUCGAUUGGUUUUAUGUUUAAUGAGCAUCACGUACAGGCAGAGCAGUCUCCAAAUGAGAUGCAAAUGGUGGAUGGAGAUGAAAUAGAUGCUAUCUUCUAUGAUCAGAGCAGGCGCAUCAAUCUCAAGGUCAAGGGUCAGGUUGGGUUCGAAGCUUCAUUCGGCAUCAAUAGAAGCACUCGAUUGAAAAAGCUUAUGGAUGUGUAUUGUUGUCGAUAUUGCUUUGAUUUCGACGGAGUUGCUUUUCUGUUCAAUGGGUGUCUAGUCGAGUCAGAACAAACUCCAGAUGAGCUGGGAAUGGAAAAUGGGGAUGAAAUGCUUGCAAUGCUUCAGUUGAUAUGUGUUUAGACUUUAGUGUCAUUGUAAGUGGAAUUGGUUUUUUUAUUGGGAUAUAGAUUAAUCAAUGUCUCUAAUAUUAUCUACUUAUAUAUUAUACAGCGUUAUGACUGGACUUUGAUAACAAUGUAAAUCAUGGAUCAACUGUUAUCGUAUUUCUU